AUGUCCCAAGGCAAAAACCGAUCUUCAAAUCCGACGAAAAGAGAAGACAAAUCAGAACCAACAACCAUCCCAACUAAUCUCAUGAUCGAGAUAUUCUCGAGAUUGCCAGGGUCAAUUGCUAGGUUCCGCUGCUUGUCCAAGCUAUGGAGUUCCACGCUUUGCCGUCCAUAUUUCACCGAGUUGUUUCUCACUAGGUCAUCGGCUCGUCCACGUCUCUUAUUCGUCUUCGAAGAGGCCCACGAUGAGUGGACUGUCCUCUCGUCGCCUCAGCUUCAUAAUCCAAUCGGGAAGUCGUCUCUUGUACUAACCGCCGAUUUCCAUAUGAAGAUCCGUGGAAAUGUGCAUCUAAACAUUUGUAGCUACACCUCUGGUUUGAUCUACUUCCCUAAUAUAUGGUUUCAUGGGAUACAUGGAUCGUAUACACAGCCUGUGAUAUGUAACCCUAUCACAGGAGGGUAUGCGAUCUUUGUAGGAUCGCGAAAAUCCAGAUUGAAAAUGCGAAUCAAAGAAGUAGAAGAUAUAAGAUAG